AUGCCGGACCGGCAUAAGACAUACCGGCUUACGCUCACGCCUGCGACCGAGGCGGCGCUGCUGCGGCUGAAGGAGUGCGGAGAGAACAAGCAGCUGCUGUCCCGUUGCGCGCUGUGGUGCAGCAGCGGCGCCCUUGAGGCGAUCAUCGUGCUCCAGAAGAAGCGCUAUCCGUACCAGCCGCCGGUCAAACGCGUGUGCUAUCAAUCAAUGCGGCCGUGCGAAUGGAAGCAGACGUGGUACACUGAUGCAUUCCAGUGGGUUGAGUACAAAACUGAGCUGGUGCGCUUCUUACAUGCACUGCGUUGCAUUGUCGAUGGUACCACCGAGUACCUGGACGUCGAGUUUGCGCCUGAGAUGUGGCGCUUGAGGGGCGGCGGCGUCAACUGCUACCCGUGCAAAAACGCGCGGGCGCGAGAGGAGUUUGACGAAGACCCGUGUGAGCUAUGCGGUGCCGGGAUGGAGGAGCCGUGCCAAGAGCACUGUGUCAUUCCAAGGGCCGCACGCAACUGGUGGACUGCGUACGAGGCAGAGCUGAGCGGACAAUGGCCGGCGUGGUGGAGCUCAGGCGGACUAUCGGAUUAUUGGAUUCCCCGCCGCGGCUGGUGCGUUGCACAGCGUACUCUACUGCGUGUGAAGCUGCUGCUGGCUCGCAUGGUGCUCAACCGUGGUGACUCGCUGGCCAUGCGAUGCCUCAUCCUCGCUGGCACGCCCCCUACUCCCAAGUUUGCGGACCAGCACAAACCGCCACUCCACCAACGACUGCUGCACUUCCGCGGUGUGAUCCACUUCAGCAAUUACGAUGGUGCAGCAAAGAUGCUGGAGAGCAUGCAGACGUCGACGUUGUAUCCUGAACGUCGCAAUAUGGACAUCAGCGAGAUUGCAGCCAAGUACGGGAUAGCCUAUGGCCCGCAGCCAUUGCACUACAUCAUUGAGUCGAGCACGUUCAGCCGCAACUUGCUCGGUCACUCGCUCUCGCCAUGCGACUUUAGCUACGAUCCGAUUGUGGGUGGCGAAUUUACUGAUCACCUCUGCCGACGCCAGGAUGGCAUGUUUGAUCCGGGCGAAGUGGGUGACCACUCGCUGGCGCGUGGCGGGCACGGCUCUCUCUGGCGACACAAGUGGGGUUUGGCUGGUGCGCCAGAAGUUAUCCAGCCCCUUGGCGCGUCCUUCUCCUCAAUCGAGUGGCGGUUCACGAGCCUCUACCCGAAGCGUGUGUAUAUGAAGCUCGCCGUUCUCGUCGUCGUCGCCGUGCAUCCUCCCGCACACCGUUUGCCGCAGCGGGCGGCAAUCGCGAUGGGGCUGAAGGGGCCGCCGCCGAUUCCAUCGAAGCACUUUGUGUCACUGACGUCGCCAGGCAACCUCACCGAGGCGCUCGCGGGCGCGGCCAGCGAUGUGGUGACCGUCGUCAAGUACCAGGCGCCUUGGUGCCGCACAUGCCGCGCGAUGGCGCCGCUCCUCGACCGGCAGGCGAAGAAGCACCAGGAGCUUCGCUACUUUUCGCUUGAGUGCCGCCGCGACGGCAAGGCGGCGGGCGAGCGGAUGCACAAGUUCUUCGUCGAGCGCGGCGCGAAGGGUCUCCCAUUCGUGGAGGUCUACCGCGGCGACACGCUCCUCGAGGCGACCACGGUGGCGCCCACCGGCGUCGAGGCCUUCUCGCACGCCAUCGGCAGGGCGAUCGAGGCGGCGCAGCGGGCGCGGGCGCAGCUGGAGCUGGCCAGCGGCGGCGCCGCCAACAGGCUCCGCGCAGAGGCGGACCGCGUCCGCGCGCUGCUCGGCGUCGGCCCGGCCGACUCGGUGGAAUCCGUGCCGCUGCCGCCCACCGCAGCGCCGCGCCUCGACCGGCAGGGGCGGCGACGAGGCGGGCUCGGGCGGCAGGCGGUCGCGGCUCGCCACAAGGCGGCCGCGCCCGUGCUGCGGCAGCAGCGGCGGGGCGCUCCGCUGCGGGGCGCGACCGGGCCACGUGGGAAGAGAGGGUACUCGUAG